CGGCUUCUGAAAGCUGGUGUUUUUUAAGGCGGGAGGACUGGAAUUGUGCUGACGGGAAGAGGGUGUCCACUUUAACUCCCCAUAUACGGUGAUGGUACCAGUCAAAUGUCCCCCAGCAACGAAUCAACGGGCUGAAGCAGGAAGAAGAUUGGCCAUAGGGUAGGGACAAGCUUUGACCGCUUCCAAAAAAGUAUUAAAUGUCUUAAGGAAUUCAAUCUGCCCCUGAGAAGGACAUAUUUCUGAGGCUGGGGGUAGGAUCCUGUGCACUUCAGCUCAGCUCCUGAAUCAGCUCCGUCUCUCUCUCUCUCUCCAGGCUUCCUGCACACCCUCUCCACUCUUCCACUUUAUUUAUAAAUAUAUUUUAGUGUCCUUUCUAAACAAAGCUCACCAACAGCAGCAGUCAUGGACGCCAUUAAGAAGAAGAUGCAAAUGUUAAAGCUGGACAAGGAGAAUGCCUUGGACCGAGCUGAACAAGCCGAGGCGGACAAGAAGGCGGCGGAGGACAGGAGCAAGCAGUUUGAGGAUGAAGCUUUACAACUAGAGAAGAAGUUGCGAGCAGUGGAGGAUGAGAGAGAUAAAUUUUUAGAAGAUUUCAACAAGGCGGAAGAGCGGCAGUUGCUGGCGGAGGAGAAUGCCACUAAGCUGGAGGAUGAGCUGGUGGCUUUACAGAAGAAACUGAAGGGGACUGAGGAUGAGCUUGACAAAUAUUCCGAAGCUCUGAAAGAUGCACAGGAGAAGUUGGAGCUGGCUGAGAAGAAAGCUACAGAUGCUGAAGCAGACGUCGCCUCUCUGAACAGACGCAUCCAGCUAGUUGAGGAGGAGUUGGACAGGGCUCAGGAACGCCUGGCCACCGCGCUGCAGAAGCUGGAGGAGGCUGAGAAGGCUGCAGAUGAGAGUGAAAGUAAAUCUGCUGAGCUUGAAGAAGAGUUGAAAACUGUGACCAACAACCUGAAGUCACUGGAGGCUCAGGCUGAGAAGUAUUCGCAAAAGGAAGACAAGUAUGAGGAGGAAAUCAAAGUCCUGAGUGACAAACUGAAGGAGGCUGAGACACGUGCUGAGUUUGCAGAGAGAUCUGUCACCAAGUUGGAAAAAUCCAUUGAUGACUUGGAAGAGAAACUGGCACAAGCCAAAGAAGAAAACCUCGGCAUGCACCAGAUGCUCGAUCAAACUCUACUGGAGCUUAAUAAUUUGUGAGCUACAUUGAUUUGCUGCAAGCUGGUUGCCUCCUCGGUUAUUAAAAGCCCUUCUUGAGAAUAAGUGCUCCCACCCCCCCCACCUUGCUUUUAUGCAGAUAUUUGGCUGAGGGGGCAGGCAGCUAGGAGUUAGAUCGUGAUAGAGCAAUGGCAUGUUCCAUGAUGAUAAUAAGAAACAAUUAAACAUUUUGAUUAAAUCUGUUGUACCCCUUGAUUGCCACUUUUUGACAUUUUUAAUUUUAGAACUUCCAGCUGUUUACAAAAGUACUGUCAAUUACAGGCUGUCUACAUUUUAAAAGGUCCACUCUCCCACACCCAAUUUAAUUCUUUGAUAUUUGCCAGAAAUUAUUUUUAAAAACUUGCCAAAUAAUAUUCAACCUGGCAUUUUUUUUUUCCCCCUGUUUUGAGUGUUCUUUAUAAUGGAAGAACGCACUGGUUAUAAGAUAAAAGAGAAAUUUGGGAGCGGUCCAUAAGACCCACUUUUCUUUUCUUCUAAAGCACUGGGUUUUAAAUACUUGCAAAUUAUAUUUUGGAGGGAAGGGAUAACUUAGAGGAAUGUUUUAUUAGAAGGUCUGGGUACUGCAGCCUAUAAUAUUAUUUGCUUUUGUAACAAGUGUGUGUGUUUAUCUUCUCCCUUCUGUCUGAAUUAGUCUGAAGUAUGAACUGCAAGUCUCCUUCCAUGGCAGUGCAACAUUCCCCAGUGUGACUGGGGGAAAAGAAGUUGCAAUUUUAAAUAUAGUAAACGAGGUACAAAUAGGGACCCAUCAAUAAAAUGUGAACAUCAGUAACGUCACUUGUCAAAAAGCAGCAAUUAAUGUUAAUUGAGAUGUAGAUGGUAGUAUCACAAAAGGCAUAGCGGGGAGAUUCUAGAAUAUACUUGUUAAAGCCAGCCUGCCUCAUUCUGCUUCCAAGUCUAGGUGUGGAGGGCCAAUCCCGAAUCUCGUAUUAACGUCGCAAUUAUUACUAGGGUCUCCAUAUUAACAGGAUUGAUUUUGCUUGACCAGUUGUUAAAGUCAUAAAUGAGUACACAAGCAUGGCUGAAAACUUUAAUUGCCUUGUUUUCCUUUUUGUGUACUGCUGAAUAUUGUACAAAAUGUAUGAAUGACUUAAAAUCCAAAGACAAUUUUUGUUACAAAAGGCAAAUAAUGAGUAGAACAUACUGGUGAUGCUUCCCUGUGCACGCUUAAUUGUGAAUUGUCUUAACAAUAUGCUUGUCUGUAAACUUUAUAAUGGUAAUAAAUACACACUCAUGAGAUUUUGUAAA